AUGAGUGACGGAUUUUUCAACAAACGACAAAAAACAGCGGCUUCUGAAAAGUCCAAUAAUGAAGACUCGAAGCCCUGGAUCGAAAAGUAUAGACCAAAGAAAUUGGAAGACGUAACAGCGCAGGACCAUGCUGUGACUGUUUUGCAAAAAACAUUGAAAUCUGCGAACUUGCCGCAUAUGUUAUUUUACGGGCCACCUGGGACCGGAAAGACCUCUACUAUUUUGGCCCUGACCAAAGAGCUGUACGGGCUCACACUCACGAAGAGUCGAGUACUCGAAUUGAAUGCAUCAGACGAACGUGGAAUAGCUAUUGUUCGAGACAAGAUAAAAAAUUUCGCUAGAUUGACGGUUUCGAAGCCAUCUGCUUCCGAUUUGGAACAAUAUCCGUGUCCUCCUUACAAGAUUAUUAUUUUGGAUGAAGCUGAUUCCAUGACCGCCGACGCACAAAGUGCAUUGAGAAGAACCAUGGAAAACUAUUCAAGCGUUACUCGGUUUUGCCUCAUUUGCAACUACGUCACCAGAAUCAUUGACCCUCUGGCGUCACGGUGCUCCAAGUUCCGUUUCAAACCAUUGGAUUCCUCAAACGCUCUUGGCAGGCUUCAGCACGUUGCCACGGAGGAGAAUCUUAAAUUCGAGGAAAAAGUUUUGGAGAAGAUACUGGACGUGUCGCAAGGUGAUCUCAGAAGAGCUAUCAUGCUUUUGCAAUCGUCUUCCAAAAUCGUAAAACAUUUAGAUCCCCCAGUCAUCACAAAUUUGGCAGUCGACGAACUGGCUGGUACCGUCCCCAUGGACCUGAUUAAUACCCUCACAACUAAGAUUACAAGUAUGGAUUACAGUGAUAUUAUGAAAUUCAUAGCCGAACUGAAAAGAAGCGGUUGGAGCGGAGCUGCCAUGGUAAAUCAGCUUCACGAAUACUACAUCAAUAAUGACCAGUUCACCAAGGCAUUCAAGAACGAAGUGUCUUGGCUUAUAUUCGGCUCGGACUCCAAGCUAACAAAUGGGGGAAACGAACACAUUCAAUUAGCUAGUCUAGCUAUUGGUAUCGCCAACUUGUACAGAGAAGGUAUGUGA